UACAGGUUUUAUUAAGGAAAUUGUGAACAGAAGAGAAGAAUCUUGUGAAAGUGUAGCCCAGUUUAAAUUCAACAAGAAGAGAGUUCGAGUGUUGUCAAAGUCAGAGGAGUUUCCUGAGGACAGUAAUGGAGUGCUCUAUUGGAUGUCUCGGGAUCAGAGAACACAAGAUAAUUGGGCUUUUCUUUAUGCUCAGAGACUUGCUUUGAAGUUAAAAGUCCCUCUUUACGUCUGCUUCUGCUUGAGGCCACAAUUUUUGGAAGCUACAAUAAGACAAUUUGGAUUUAUGAUGAAAGGACUUGCUAUUGUGGAAAAGGAGUGCAGAGACUUAGAUAUACCGUUCUACCUACUGCUGGGAGAGGCUAGCCACUGCAUUCCCCCUUUUUUGAAAAGCCACAACAUUGGAGGUGUUGUGACAGACUUUGCUCCUCUCAGAACUCCAAUGAAAUGGGUGGAGGACUUAAAGAAAAACCUUCCCAAAGAAAUUCCAUUCUGUCAGGUAGAUGCCCACAAUAUUGUUCCUUGCUGGGUGGCCUCCCCCAAGUUGGAAUAUGGCGCCAGAACUAUCCGCAGCAAAAUACACAAGCAGCUUGAUGAGUUUUUGACAGAGUUUCCUCCCUUGGUUAAGCAUCCACACUCACCAGAAAAAAUGCCAGAAGAAACAGAUUGGGAAAAAGCUGACAGCUACCUGGAAGUCAAUAGAAAAGUUGCAGAAGUAAGCUGGGCCAAACCAGGAGCAGAGUCUGGUCUGAGGAUGCUGGAGUCGUUCUGUGAAAAAAGGUUGAAGUACUUCUCCUCUGACCGUAAUGACCCCAACAAACAAGCCCUGAGUAAUUUGUCUCCCUGGUUUCAUUUUGGUCAAAUCUCUGUCCAGCGCUGUAUACUGACAGUGAAGUUGUAUCGAAGCAAAUCAAAUGACAGUGUGAAUGCCUUCAUUGAAGAAGCUGUCGUCAGAAGAGAACUGGCAGAUAACUUUUGUUUCUAUAAUCCACACUACGAUGCUGUUCAAGGCACUAAUGACUGGGCCAAGAAAAGUUUGGACUUACACAGGAAGGAUAAAAGGCCAUACCUUUAUAGCAGAGACCAGUUAGAACAGAGUAAGACACAUGAUGAUCUCUGGAAUGCAGCUCAGACCCAAUUGGUGAAUGAAGGCAAAAUGCAUGGAUUCUUGAGAAUGUAUUGGGCCAAGAAGAUAUUGGAGUGGACCAAAUCACCAGAGGAUGCUUUGGCAGAUGCCAUUUACUUGAAUGACAAAUAUAAUCUUGAUGGCCGAGAUCCUAAUGGCUACGUGGGAUGCAUGUGGUCAAUAUGUGGCAUACAUGACCAGGGCUGGGCAGAGAGGGAAGUUUUUGGCAAGAUACGUUACAUGAAUUAUCAGGGCUGUAAGAGGAAGUUUGAUGUGCCCGCAUUCGUUAGGAAAUAUAAGCAUACUUGAUUUGACCUUGUUGAUGAUCAACUUAAACUAUAAAUAGUGAACAUUUUUAUGGACAUAACAUACUAUACCAUUCUUUUUCUUAUAAAGUAGAAAUAUGUACAUUUAAAGAAACACUUUUUUUUUUUUGUGCUUUUAUUUUCAGUUUUUAUAUUGAUUUCAAUUUUGUAUAUUUUUCUUUUGAAAAUGAUUUUGAGUUUAUAAAAUUACAAAUCUAGCAGUUGUAUUGUUUAAAAAGGUAAUUGAUGGUUUGUUGAUACUAUCAGAACUCUAUUUCAAUGUACAUGAUUUACUGUGCACAAUGUUUGUGUUGGCUGUAAUGUUAAAUAGCUAUUUCAAAGGCAGCUUCUCUAUCUUUUAAUAGGAUAGAAUAAUUGAUAUUAAUUUUCAUUUUGUUAUUGCUUCUUUGAGACAUGCAUUUAAUUAUGUUUUAUUAGCUUUUUUUUUUUAAAUAAAUAUUUUGUUUAAAAUGUUGUAAUAGAUAUUUUAUAUAUUCAUGUUUCCUUUCAUGUCUACAUCACCAUGUCUGUAUCCAGUGAUCAACUUUCAUUAAGUCCAACUUGCAUUUCUAAAACUUUGCAUAUCAACUGCCAGUUCUAAUGACAGAUAAUGUUUGAAGUGAAUUUUAUAUGUUACAUCAUUUUUCAAUUUUUACUUAGCUAUCACAAAACCCCAAAAAAUUGAAAUUAUUUAUUGUGAAAACUUUUCAUUAUUUUAUUAUCCUUGACAACACAUUUUCUUUAAAUUUGAGAAAGAUCACUCAAUUAGUUAUUUUAUUAUAAUUAAAUUAAUUUUUACGUCAUUUAGAUAGGGAAAACAAAUUGUUGACCAUUUUAUUUUUCGAUUCAUUUAGAUAUUAUAUAUAGAUCUUGAGCUAUAUACCUAUACAUAUAAAUGACUUUUUGUUGUAUGGCGUAUUAGCUAAGUUGUUAGAUUCCCCUACAUCCAAUUAGUUUUAUCUUUACUUUUCGAUGACAACUAAGAGAUGACUACGUAGUUUAUUAUUUGAACAUAAAGUUGAGAUUGUUAUACAAAAAUUACUUUUUAUAUUUAGACAGCAGACCUUCUAACUAGGUCUUAUUAAAAGGAAAAGAGCCAACACUUGGUCUAUUUCUUGGUGGAAGCUAGAAUCUAGUUAAAACUAUCUUCCUGUAGCACAGCUUAUUAAAAACAACUUUGUAAGUGCUUAUUACUGCUCUAGAAACUGUAUUUCUUUUCCAUAUCAAAAUUGGAUCACAUCCCCACUGGGUUCCUUAGAAAAGGUAAUAAGUCUAAAAAUAGAAUGUAAGUUUUAAAGAUGUGUAAACAUUUGGUUUGGAAAAUGAUUUCACAUUGAUUUUAUCAGCUGGAAGCAGUCUUUAGCAUAGUUUACAGAUUAGCUGGAAGCAGUCUUUAGCAUAGUUUACAGAUUAGCUGGAAGCAGUCUUUAGCAUAGUUUACAGCUCAGCUGGAAGCAGUCUUUAGCAUAGUUUACUGCUCAGCUGGAAGCAGUCUUUAGCAUAGUUUACUGCUCAGCUGGAAGCAGUCUUUAGCAUAGUUUACUGCUCAGCCCAACUUAGUGAAAAGGAAAAAAUGAAACACAGAAAAACGAAGAGACAUAGAUCUAGUUUCUGGACUCUCAUAUACAGUUUAAGGUGACAUCUUAACUGCUAAGCUGAAGAUAAUCCUAAUACAUUUAUCAUUUCUUGACUAUCCUUGUGUGUGUGUGUGUGAAAUGUUAAGCCUGGAAACAAAAUGUUUUUUUUUUAAGGGUCAUUAAUUAGAAAUCUUAUAUCAACUUACUCUGUCUGAUAACAAGUUUGUUAACACCCAAUGUUGGAUCAAAUUGAAAUUUUGCACAAUUAUCUCUUGUGCCUGACAAAAGAAUCAAUUAUUAAAAAAGCUCAAUUUGGUAAUUAAUUAUUUUAUUUGGUAUCAAACAAGGGAAAGAAAUUGUACUUGACAGAUGUGGUUGUAUAAGUUGAAUUAGUCCCUUAAAUGCUUUACUUUGUGUAGAGAAUUAGGUAUUUGCUUAAUAACAACAGAUAACUGUGAAACCUAUUUUCAUAAGUCCUUCACUGGCACAGUGGUUAGUGUAUUGGUUUGAAGAGGCUUGAGCCCAAUUGUUCAAAUUCAAAUCGUAAAACUUUAUUUAAAUAAAAUAAUAAGACUAAGACUGCUUUAUUGAUCCUUAUGGAAAUUUGUUGUGAUUACUAGGACUCUUUUCUCAAAUAAAGACAACACAACAUUUUAAAAGCUAUAACAGUAACCUUCACUCAGAUACCCCCCCUUUCUAAUCUCACAGAUUACUGCUGGUCUAAAUCAAUUACAAAUUUAAUGCGUGACUGAUUCAAACUAAUUGAUACAAUUACACUUCAUAUUAUCUUUGUCUUUAAAAAAAAUGUAUUAUUUUUUAAUGUUUUUUUUUUGGUUAUGUGUUCAUUUAGUUAAGACACAAAGUAUCACUUUCAAGUCAGUGAUGUUUUUAACUGACAAUAAUUUAUAUUUUAUUCUAAUACAUGCUACACAAUGGUCUAUCACUAUUACAAUAAUGUGGGAAACAAAAGUGGGAUGUGGGGGGGAGCAGACUGUUCUCUUCAAUUUGUCUUGACUUCUGUAGUAGAACAUUGAUGGAGCUUGUUUAGACAUUCAUCAGUAAAUGAACUAAUGUCA